GGAACCGGGUUAGGGAUGAUACCGAAACCCAAAGGAAGCCGUGGCGAUCUUUACCUGGGCACCCUUUCCCGCGUCCGUGUUUUGACGUCACUUCCUUCCCCCGUCGAGGCAGAAAACAUGGCGGCUUCCAUGGCGAGUGUCCUGUCAAAGACCAUCAACAGACACUUCUUACAGGCUGUCGCAGCACAGCGUCAAACACGGUUGAUCCACACAUCGCCGUCUCCUGUCGUGUCAGAGGAGCCAGACACUCUCUAUCAGAGGCUGUCAGUGGAGGUCAAAGGUCACGAUAGGUCAGUUCUGGACAGUUAUGAGUUUUUCGCGACUCUGGCCGCUCGAGAGCUCGGACUCACCCUGGAGAAAGUGUUCGAGCCGCCCAAACACAUCGAUAAGCUCACCCUGCUGAAGUCCGUUCACAUCUUCAAGAAGCACAGAGCCCAGUACGAGAUGAGGACACACCGCCGGCUCAUCCAGAUUUCAGGAAUAACGGGAUCAAGCGCGCGGGUUUAUCUGGAGUAUAUCCAGCGUAAUCUGCCGGAGGGCGUCGCCAUGGAGAUCACCAAGACUGCGAUUGAGAAGAUCCCGGAGCACAUCCAGAAGCCACUGUGGGACGAACACAACCAAUGAGGAACGAGCGGAGACUCACGUGAUUCUCUGAUUGAACACUGAUGCUGCAUAUUAUGUCAAAAUACAUAUAUUUGAACAAUUUAACUGUGUACCAUAAGUGUAUUUCCUUUUUUAUUUCAGUGUUGUCCUGUAGACACCAGCUAACCUUCUCUCUCAACAUGGUUAUGAUGUAUUUUUCCAUCUGUUAUUUAUUGUUAGUGCUGGGCAACGAUUAAUCACAUCCAAAAUAAACGUUUGUUUACACAA